AUUGUCUUCCAAACUAUUUCAACCGCGUCUGGUCGUCUAUCUUAUCAGUAACUAGUGCAUCGCCUUAUGAUAACGGACUGAAUGAGUCAUUACUCAAAGAACUGAUAGUUUCCUGUUCGGUACCGGCUCAAAAACACUUGAGUGUUUUCAAUUAAUCGCCUUUUGACACAAUGAUUGCCGCUAACCCCACGGAGUUGCCGCCAGGAGAUUCGCCUGAGCUGGUUCUGGUCCCUGCCACACCAGAGGAACGGAUCAAGUCCAUCAGGCUCAACAGUGCAGCGUGGAAGGGCCGUCUAGACGUCGAGACGUACAUCGCAAGAGAGAACCAUUUGUAUCAGCAGCGAUUGGUUAAGGAUGGCUUGACCUGUUGGCUUUUGGUUGACCGUAGGGAGCCAGCAGGCCAGCGGACGAUCUUGAGUUCUUGUGAGACAUACAAGAAGAAGGCAUUGCUGGCUCACCACGGCAAGGUGGAAGAUGUUGCUACCCAUGGAGUCGGGAGCGUCUAUUGUCGACCUGAACACAGAGGCAAAGGUUACGCCAAGAGAAUGAUGCAGGAAUUGUGCACGAAGCUGGAGACGUGGGAAAUGGAAAACGAGCCCAGAAGUAGAUCACUCUUCAGCGUGUUGUUUUCGGAUAUCGGAAAGAACUUUUAUGCGCAAUUUGGGUGGAAGCCGUUUCCUUCUUCGCACAUCUCUCUUCCACCUAUCUCCAGGGAAGAAUAUGACCUGUCCUCACGGGCAAAUCUACCAAAGGCGAGAACCUUGGUUGCCGAUGACGUUCGCAAAUGCAUGUGUAGCGAUCGAGUCUUACAGAAAGAACGGGAAUCCCUGCGUGCUGCCUCCGAGAAGACCCCAGUCGCCCACGUAGCAAUCCUUCCGGACUUUGACCAUUUCGUUUGGCACUGGGCGAGGGAAGAGUUCUAUGCAGAGAAGCUUCAUGGCGACCGAGCCCCGCCGCUAAUCAAGGGUGCUGGUGAGGACAAGGCACAAGUGUACUGUGCAUGGAAUAGGAACUUCGGCGAGUCACCCCAGGACAACACUUUGUUCAUUUUGCGAUGGGUGUAUGAUGAACCGACCACGCCGGAAGAGACUGAAGCGACAGCAAAGGCCAUGGCUGCUAUCCUGAGGAGGGCUCAACUCGAGGCUCACGAAUGGGAUAUGGCAAAGGUUGAUUGUUGGAAUCCAACUCCGCUGUUGCAGAAGGCAGUUGCCAUGCUAGAUUCCCCAGCAGAGCUGAUUCACCGAGAGAAAAGCAGCAUCGCCAGCUUGAGGUGGACAGGCGCCGCACAAGGCCUAGGCGAAGAGGUCGAAUGGCUCUGGAACGAGAAGUAUGCCUGGUGCUGAAAGAUGUUGGCUUCUACCAUGUUUCAUGUUUUCGUUCCGGGUGGUCAUCGUUUUCUUCGUGAAGAAUCCGCUAGAGAUAGAGCCUGAUACAGCCUGACAAGUCCACGAGAGAUGUCAAUGGAACAUAGAAUUUGUUCUUCAAUUCUUCUGUCUUUUUUGGUUUCUGAACAGUUCAUGCCAGUUUCGUGACUUUUUGGCAGCUGCGGC